UCAUGUAUGCCGUUGUUGAGGUUAGGUCUUCUGAGUUGAAAUAAAGGAUACUAUGUAUUAGGAUGACAAAUUUAAAUUUUCUGGAGUGUUGGUUUUAGGUUGUAUUGUGUUAAAGCCUUUUUAAAAUUUUCCUGCGUAAAAAAUCUAUUCAAAUUAUAUUCUAUAGUAAUAUUUGUUGACCCUCAGAUUUAGAUGGGAUAACCUUUUUGUUUAGUUAUAAUUGAUGGUCAUUAAAAGAGUCUGGGACAUUAUACUUUUAAGGAUUCCUGUGACCCAAGUUAGGUAGAAUCUUGAUUAAUAAUGAUCGGAGAAAUUAUAUCUUCUCUCGGUGAUAACCCUUAUUUCGGGGCUGGAUUUGGAUUGUUUGGGAUCGGAGCUGCUGCUGCAAUAGCAAGGAGAGGGUUACAAGGCGCAGUAAUCCUUUUGCGAAGACAUUACAUGAUUACCUUAGAGGUGCCAUGUCGGGACAAGAGUUAUCAGUGGUUGUUGAACUGGAUCACAGUAAGAGGUGCCAGAAAAACACAACAUCUUAGUGUUUCAACAAGUUUUGAACAACAUGACACUGGACAUGUGAAAACCAAGUAUGAUUUUAUACCGAGUGUUGGCACCCACUUCUUUAAAUACCAAGGAACAUGGAUAAAGGUUGAGAGAACAAGAGAACAGUCAACAAUAGACCUUCACAUGGGAAUACCAUUCGAGACUGUUACACUGACCUCAUUUGGAAGGAAUAAGCAAUUGUACUUCAACAUUUUAGAAGAGGCCAGGCAAAUAGCUCUGACCGAAAAUGAAGGGAAGACUGUCAUGUAUAUUGCAAUGGGUUCCGAGUGGAGGCCUUUUGGACAUCCGAGGAAAAGACGCCCUUUGAAUUCAGUGGUUCUAGAUCAAGGAGUUUCCGAGAGGGUUCUAGCUGAUAUCCGAGAGUUUAUUGGGAACCCUGGAUGGUACAAUGAGAGAGGAAUUCCGUAUCGUCGAGGGUAUCUUCUCCAUGGACCCCCGGGCUGUGGUAAGUCGUCGUUUAUCACAGCUCUGGCUGGCGAGUUGGAGUUCGGCAUCUGUGUUCUGAACCUGAGCGAGCGAGGACUGAGUGACGACAGACUCAACCAUCUACUGAGCGUCGCUCCCCACAACACAAUCAUACUGCUGGAGGACAUCGACGCUGCCUUCCUCAGCAGGGAGGAAACCAAGCAAAUGUCCUCUGCGUAUGAAGGACUCAACCGUGUAACGUUCAGUGGCCUCCUCAACUGUUUGGACGGAGUUGCUUCUACUGAGGCUCGUGUUGUAUUCAUGACCACAAACUACAUCAAUAGGUUAGACCCAGCACUUAUCAGACCUGGCCGUGUAGAUUUGAAGGAGUAUAUCGGCCACUGUACAGCUCACCAAGUAGAGCAGAUGUUCUACCGCUUUUACAAGACGACGGACACAGAAACAGCUGCUAGGCUAGCUGCAGCAAUAACAGCUCAAGAUAAACCUCUCUCGGCCGCUCAGCUGCAGGGAUACUUUAUGUUGUACAAACACAGCUCGUUUGAUGAAAUCAUCAAGAACGUACCUCGAAUCUGGGAGUAUUGUUAGUCACAAGUCUAUUGUAGUGUAAAUAUUUAUCAGUAAAGUAUUUUUUUUAACAUUA